AUGCGCCGAAAUGUUCAAACCCCCUCCCGCUCGGUAACAGGAAGUCCGAAACGUUCACCGGAACCCACCCGUUCUCCGUCGUGCGAAUCUUGCGAGUACACUAACGCGUCCGCAGUUGAAGAGCAGCUUCGGCAGAUGCAGAAGCAGCUGAACGAAAUCAGCAUCAUUCCGAUGCAGAUCCAGGCAACUUUGUGCUAUCUAACGAAAACACUCGCAAAGUUUGCUCCACCGGAACUGCAAAGAGAACUACCAGCAUCGCUACGAAGCAGUUCAGUGCGUGAAACCAUUCCAGAGGAAGUGGAAGAACAGGAAUCGGAUCAGGAAGACGAAUAUUUGGCAGAUUGUUUGGAGAAACUGUUCGACGAAUCACAGGUGCUGGAUGUAGUUCCUCCGAGGGAUUUCGAAUACGAGUAUUAUCCUCGAGAGGAAUCAGAGUGCGAUGAGGAUGAAGAAGAGCAAAAAACUGACGAAGAGGAACGACUGAAGCAGGAAAAAUUGGAACGAGUUACCAAAAUGGAACUAUCCUGGCCUUGGAGUCAGUCGGCUAAACCAAUUCACAAGCGAUCAAACUGCCAUUUGGUACCCAGUGUAGCGCUGGAAAAAUGUAAAAUAAAACAAUUGACCGAAGGCGAUCUUCCGUUCUAUAACCGUGGUUACCGUCAACGGAUCGGAAAUUGA